AUGGCAGUCACCAAUUUGGAGGAGGUAGUGAAUCUGCUUGGUGAGAAUGCGGAGGUCAGCGUGGUCGGGAGGACUGCCUUCAUGGUUGCUGCUGAGCGAGCCCUCGAAGCUGAGCGUAAGGACGCCUUGUUUGAAGACCCCUUUGCCAAAGCUCUUUCCGGGUCAGACGGUUUGACCAUGUCUGAUCGAUUGGGAGAAGCUGCCAGCCAGUUUGGCUUUGAUGGCUGGCCGGAGUUUCACAAGGUGUGGACGGUGGUUUGCACGAAGUUUAUAGAUGAUCUUAUCAGCAGAGAUACCGCAGAGAUACCGCAGAUGGUGAAUCUCGGAGCUGGUGUGGAUACUCGCCCUUAUCGACUUGAUGCCUACAAGCAGUUCAAGGCCUCCUACGAAGUGGAUACAGCUGAAGUGAUGCUCAGGUCUUGGGCCCCCCUGGCAGCUCCAGGCUCACUGGCGAUCAUCAACUAUGCCAUCGGGCCUCAGAGGUUCAAGAGCUCAAAGCUGCUCUCAUACUGUGAAAGCGAAGAAGCAAUUUUUGAGCACUUUGAUGGCCGCCAUUGCGGCAAGGUCUUUGGUGACGAACGCCUGAACUACGGACGCUACAAGGAGGGCUUGGCCCCAAGUGAAGAUUGGGCAUUUGCAACAUGCGUGAAGGGAGCUGUGGGUCCAACCCCAGAGGCCCAGGAGCAAUGA